AUGUCACGGUCACCUCCAGAGUGUCUUGUCCUGUCUUGUGGUGGGUUAAAGAGAGCAGCGUUAUGUACCAGCUUGGACCCAGGUCUCCGCUUACAGUAUCCAUCAUCCAAGUUCCUCGCUGUGGGUUCGAUAGACCCACCCUCUGACGAGCCCUGUCCUCUGCGCUCAAACGCCAUCGACACCCUUACCCAGAGCUCAAAUGCCUCGUACAUUCUUGUACCGUACACGCCCUCCUCCACUUGCUCUUUGCUGAUGUUCUUGACCUUUUUGACUCUUUCAUCGAUCAAACUUGUCGAGUCCCGCUUCGUGACUAUAGACUAG